AUGGAUCCUCUCUGUGAAGCCAACGGCACUUUUGCCAUCAGCUUAUUGAAGAUGUUGAGUGAAGAAAACCCAUCACAGAACGUGUUUUUCUCCCCGCUGAGCAUCUCCUCUGCCCUGUCCAUGGUCUUCAUGGGGGCAAAAGGAAACACUGCCACCCAGAUAUCCCAGGCUCUUUGUUUAAACCAAGGUGGAGAUGUUCACCAAGGGUUCCAGUCGCUUCUCACUGCAGUCAACAAGCCCGGUGUCCACUGCUCGCUGAGAACUGCCAACAGGCUCUUUGGAGAAAAGACAUGUAAUUUUCUUUCAGCCUUUAAGGAAUCUUGUCACAAGUUCUAUAAGGCCGAGUUAGAAGAGCUGUCCUUUGCUAAAGACACAGAAGCAUCCAGGGAACAUAUAAAUGCCUGGGUCGCAGACAGGACUGAAGGGAAGAUUUCAGAGGUUCUGGGUGCUGGAACCGUGGACCCCCUGACUAAGCUGGUCCUUGUGAAUGCGAUCUAUUUCAAAGGGAAGUGGAAGGGGCAGUUUGACAAAAAACACACAAGAGGAAUGCCCUUUAAAAUCAACCAGGUAGGGAAGAAGACGGUGCAAAUGAUGUUUAAGGAGGCAGCAUUUAGGCUGGGGUAUGUGGACGAGGUGCACACUCAGGUCCUGGAACUGCCCUAUGAGGGGGAAGAGCUGAGCAUGGUCAUCCUCCUUCCCGAUGACAACACCGAGCUCACGGUGCUGGAGAAGGCGCUCACAUAUGAGAAGUUCAGAGCCUGGACAAGUUCAGAAAAGAUGAAGACACAGAAAGUCCAAGUUUUCCUCCCACGGUUAAAGCUGGAGGAGAGUUAUGAUUUGGAAUCUUUUCUUCGGGGUUUAGGGAUGACUGAUGCAUUUGAGGAAGUCAAGGCUGACUUUUCUGGUAUGUCAAGCAAGAAGAACGUGCCCGUGUCCAAGGUGGCACACAAGUGCUUUGUAGAGGUCAACGAGGAGGGUACAGAGGCGGCUGCGGCCACUGCAGUGGUCAGGAACGCCCGGAGCGUCCGCUUGGAGCCGCGGUUCUGUGCAGACCACCCUUUCCUCUUGUUCAUCCGGCACCUGGAGACCAAUAGCAUUCUGUUCUGUGGCAGGUUCUCCUCGCCCUGA